CCACUUGUACCUCAACAACAAGAAACCUCUCUUCUUAGGCCUAUCUUUUUUUCUCCUUAGUUGUGUUCAGUUUAGUCUAAUUUUAUGGCAUCUAUUUCUACUUCUGAUGGAUCCUCAAUGCCUGUGAAAGAGCUCCUCUGUGAUGUAUUCAUAAUUCGUCAUGGUCCUAAUAUGAAACAUACCCUGGGCAGAGCUAUUUAUAAAAAGCUUGAUGUCAUGGGACUGAAGGCUUUUCUGAAUUCAGACGAGCUUGAAUUUGGGGAUCAAGAAGUAGAAACAGCUAUCAAGAGUGCUUGGCUUUAUAUUCCUGUUUUUUCAGAGGACUACUUUCAAUCCAACCGGUGUUUGGAAGAGUUGUCAUUUAUGCGCAAAAGGGGGACUAAAAUUUUUCCCCUUUUCUACCAUGUUAACCCUGAAGAUUUACAAUCUGAAAAAGGAGUCUUUGCCGAUGCAUUUCACCAAUACAAAAAGAAUGCUGGGCACACUUCAGAAAAGCUGCAGGAGUGGAAGGAAGCGGUUUACAGCGUUUCGCAUAAUAUUGGUCCGAUCGUUAAGAGCAAUGAAGACGAGGAUGUGCUGCUGAACGAUAUUACUGAUUUAGUACCGAAAGAAGGUAAAAAGUUUGCAUCUGCAUCUACUUCUGAUGGAUCCACAACGCGUGUGAAAGAGAUCCUCUAUGAUGUAUUUAUUAAUCAUCGUGGUCCUGAUGUCAAAAGCACAUUGGCCAUAGCUAUCUAUAAAAAGCUUAAGGACAUGGGACUGAAGGUUUUUUUAGAUACAGAAAUACUUAGAUGGGGGGAUCACCUGCCUAGUGUACUAGAAAAGGCAACAAAGAGUGCCUCGUUGCAUAUAGCUAUAUUUUCAAAGAAUUAUGCACGAUCCCAGUGGUGUUUGAGAGAGUUGUCGUUUAUGCUCCAAAUGGGUACUAGAAUUAUUCCCAUUUUCUAUUAUGUCAAACCUAAAGAUCUAAGAUCUGCAGAAGGAUUCUAUGCUGAUGCAUUUAAGCAAUACAAAAUGAGGGGUAUAUACAGAUUAGAAACGCUGCAGGAAUGGAAGGAAGCUCUUUACAAAGUUUCACACAUUAUCGGUCCCAUCGUUAACAGGAAGGAAGACGAGGACAUGCUGCUAAAGAAUAUAGCCGAUUGUGUAGCAGAGGAAGGUAAAAAGUUACCAUUCGUGGUUGAAGAAUUUGCAUCAACUUACACUAGUUCAUCCACAUCGAUUGGUGGAUCCAAAAUGUUCGUGAAAAAGCUCCACUAUGAUGUAUUUAUUAAUUAUUGCGGUCAUGGCGUCAAACAUACACUAGGCAUAACUAUCUAUAAAAAGCUGAAGGACAUGGGACUGAAUGUUUUUCUAGAUUCAGAAGAGCUUAGAUGGGGGGAUCAGUUGCCUAGUGUACUAGAAGAAGUAAUGAAGAGUGCAUCACUUCAUAUAGUUAUAUUUUCAGAGAGCUGUGCACAAUCCCAGUGCUUUUUGCAAGAGAUGUCAUUUAUACACGAAAAAGGUGCUAUGAUUCUACCCAUUUUCUACCAAUGUGAACCUGCCCAUGUCCACCAUAUAACAAGAAUUUAUGCUAGUGCAUUUGACCAGCACAAAGAGAAGGGCAGAUACACCUCGAAAAAGCUUCAGAUGUGGAAGAACGCACUCAAGGAUGUUAUGAAUGUUAGUGGUUGCCACUGUUGCAUUGUUAAUAGCAAGGAAGAUGAGGACAUGUUGCUCAAGAGUACUCUUAAUGCAUGCAAAGAAUUUGUAAAUGCCAAAACAAAUGAGGAGGUUGGUGAUUGCUCAUCGCAUGUGGAAUUCAACUAGCAAUUGGACUUUAUUGCAUUUGAUUUUGUAGAGAUACCAAAUGCAUAAAUGAAUGCAUUUAUUAAUUAUGACGGUUUUAAUGUCAAACAUACACUAGCUAUAGCUAUCUAUGAAAAGCUUAAGGACAUGGGACUGAAGGUUUUUCUGGAUUUGGAAGCAUUCAGAUGGGGACAUCACUUGCCUAGUGUAUUAGAAGAAAUAACAAAGGGUGCUUCGUUGUAUAUAGCUAUAUUCUUAGAGAGCUAUGCACAAUCCCUAUGGUCAGACAGCUUGUCAAGCCCUCGAAGCUUCGACAUUUUGGACUUAUCAGGUUUUUUCCUAUGUAUAAAUUCUGAAGGCUGAAAUCCCGAGAUCUUGAAUACCAGUCUCCAAACAUGAAGUAAUGGAAGUUGAAGUCCUUUCUAACAUGCAUCUCAGACUUCUAAAAUUGCAAAAGUCCAAAUAGCUAAGAUCCACGAGCGCCAAACAGUCACCACAUUAAACCAUUGAGAUGUAAAAAUGCCAUGGUUGUGGUCACAUGACACACACAAAAUUGUCAUUUAAAAGGCUUGAGAAACUUCCAACAAUAUUGACUUGUAGAUUUAAAACUAAGUUCCACGACCUAUUCCAGCAUUCACAUUGUUACAAUUACUGAGAUGAGUUGAGAAGUGUUGACUUCUAGUAUAGCCUGGUUUCUACAAAUGAAUAUGAUAAAAGAAUCGAACACAUCGUAACUAUCA